GGAGGGCGGAUACUGCAAGUCACUGGACACCCCCCAUGUCCGUCUCGCUUCUCCAAGAGCCUACAGCCCGCCAAAGCCGCCUCGCACUUGCCUUGCCUCGCCUUGCUUGCCAUUGCAUUUUCCAAAGUCCCGGUUGUCUGUUUCGUUUUGGUGCAGGAGAGCAGACGGAAUGAAGCUAUUCCCAUCAUAGUGCCUUGAUCAUCGCAUUCCUUCGUCUCGUAGGUGUGCCAGUUUCCCUAGAGAUAUCGAUUCCUUCACGUGCGCUGCGCGCAGUCAACCUUCCCUUUCUGAACUCGGCCCACGAGUGAAGAGACAGAUCUGAGCCGGUUAAGCGCCCGCGCGCCAUGUCCGCCAAAUUCCAACUGCCAUCAUCCACCACUCCGUACUUGUUGGUUAAGUUUUAGGUUUUACUAUAUCAUCGCCCUCACUAUUCGUCCCUGAACAACCGUCGAGUCGUCCCCCCCACGACCACCCGCUUGGCACUCAACUCGAGCCUGAUCUUCGGCCUGCUCCACACUCACGGCAAGACGAGGGACGAUCCGCGCAACCGCAUCGCAAAGCCGCUCGCUCUGAUGUGGCCGGCGACCGUCGGUCUCUACGAAACGAUUUUCGCGUCCAAAUCCUCCUUCCUCCGGUAGCCUCGACAACUCGCCCAACAUGUCGUCGUACAAACCACACCCCCUUCGUCAGACACAGACCGCCGACUACUCGGUUAAUAGACAAUCCUCCACCACAUCAACAUCAUCAUCAGGGUACUCGGCCUCUUCCAUAGGACAGUCGGAUAUCAGUCGACCCAUUAGCUCCUUGUCUACAGCAACCAGCGUCUACUCCCAAUAUGGACACAAGCGGGGCCAAAGCGAGGCGAGCCGACUACCCCCAAGCCUGUCUGGUGGCUCACACACCCUCCCGUCCACGCCGACAAGUGACAAUAUCUACAAGAAUGCCCGCCAGUCCCUCCGACCGACAUCUCAAGCCUCUACGGGAGCAGCGCCCGCCAGCAGCAGCAUAUCGACUGCGGGUUCGAGAAUCGCGCCGCGCACGCCCACACCAGGCCACCACGAUCGUGGAAAAAGUGUUGACAUCAGCAAGCUGUCCAUCGGAGAGUAUGGGACCUCGACUACCCAUCGCGAACGCGGUCAGAGUCUCGACAACGGCAAGCCUCUGGCGACUGAGCGCCCACGGAUAUCGCCUACGGGAACUGUUCAUGAACGUCUAGCAAGCUUCGAUGUCAGCAAGUCCUCGGUACCGGAACGUCCGCGGAUAUCGCCUACGGGUGCCCUCCACGAGCGCGGUCACACUAUCGAUAUGGGCAAAUUAUCGAUUAGCGAUAAUACACGUACUUCGUCAGGCAUGUCUCCGACCGUGACAUCGCCUCCGGCAACUUCUCCAACGACCCCUUCAACGCGAAGGCCGGCUUCCAUGUUUCUAUCCAGAUCAGAUUCUGUGCGUGGCGGAAGUGACAAUGGGUCAAUGGCUCUGGUACACUCGAGUCCCAUUGCCCUUGCUCGUCCGGAUCUGGAAAAAUUAGGUCGUUCAUCGACAAGCCAACUCCGAACACUUUCUCAGUUCGCACAAGAUGGAACGGCGGGAGAGCUUGCCAUCAUAUCUCCGUCGCAGGAAGUUGUUGGUCUUCGCGGACGCCGUAGGUUGCAAAGAGCUGACAAGUCUGUAGCGGCGCGUCAAAAGAAUGGCGGCUUUGGUUGGGAGACGAAGUGGAUGGACAAGCAACGGCAGUUUCUACAGGCUUAUGAAUACCUUUGCCACAUUGGUGAAGCGAAGGAAUGGAUUGAGGAUAUCAUACAGCGUCCGAUCCCCCCGAUUAUCGAAUUAGAGGAGGCUUUGCGAGAUGGAGUUACUUUGGCCGAAGUGGUCGAAUCCCUUAACCCUGAAAAGAAGUUCCGCAUUUUCCGCCAUCCUAAGCUUCAAUACCGCCAUUCAGACAAUAUCGCCAUCUUCUUCCGUUACCUUGAUGAAGUCGAACUUCCCGACCUCUUCCGAUUUGAGCUUAUCGAUCUGUACGAGAAAAAGAACAUCCCGAAAGUUAUUUACUGUCUCCAUGCUUUGAGUUGGCUUCUCUUCCGGAAAGGAAUUGUCGAUUUCCGCAUCGGGAAUCUGGUCGGCCAGCUUGAGUUUGAAGACCAUGAGCUGGAGGCGAUGCAGAAAGGCCUCGAUAAGCUGGGGGCUAGUAUGCCUAGCUUCGGCAAUAUGGGUGCCGACUUUGGAAUUGAGCCAGCUGAACCCGAGGAGACGGAGGAGGAACGCAUUGAGAGGGAACUGGCCGAAAACGAAGAGGCCAUUGUAGAGUUACAAGCCCAGGCCAGAGCGGCGCUUCAAAGGAUACAGCUUGGCUACACUAUGCAACAUCUGUGGGAUAAUGAAGACUGGAUCAUUGAUCUCCAGUCUCGUAUUCGUGGUGACUGGGCUCGCCAGGUGGCGGAUUACAGGCUCCAGAUGAAGAAUUUCGCGGUCCAGCUUCAAAGCGCAGCGCGCGGUUUCCUCGCCCGCUAUCGACAUGCAGAAACAAAGGCACAAACAAGUUUUGCGAUCGAGUUGCAGAAGACAGCUCGUGGAUUUAUCGCUCGUCAGCAAUAUGCACAAACAUGUUUCACGAUUCAGCUACAAAAAGCGGCGCGUGGAUAUCUUGCUCGUCGCCAGCAGACACAAACCGAGGAGCAGUUCAAGGGCAACGAGGAUGUGGUCUUGAAACUCCAAAGUAUGGUCAGAGCGGCCAAGGUCCGCAAUGUGAUUCGGGAGCAGCAUUCACAGUUGGAGACGGCAGCGGGACCCCUGCGAGACAUUCAAGCAACAUUUCGAGGAUUUCUGGCUCGAAAGCAGCUCGCUGUGCAACAUGAAAAGACAGAGAGCGAAGGCGCUACGAUUGCUCAACUUCAGAGCGCAGUUCGUGGUAUGAUAUUGAGGAAGAAUCUGGAGGAAGAAAGAGCAUCCUUGGAGAGCAACAUCGAAGCCAUCACUAGUCUUCAGGCUGCUGUAAGGGCCAUGAAAGCAAGAACUGAGGUCGAUGCCCAGCUACAAGCGCUUGAAGGCUUUGCGCCACAAUGGACAGCUAUUCAAGCUGCCUUCCGCGGCAAGGUUGCUAGGUCCGACGUCGACGCUACUAAAGAAGAGUUGCAGAAGCAUUCAACUGAGAUGGGCCUUCUUCAGUCCCACAUUAGGGCAGCGGCAGUGCGGAGGGACAUAUCAGAGCAGCUUGAAAGCAUCGGGGAAACGGAGGAUGCCAUCAUUGAUCUUCAGUCUAUGGUCCGAGGUAUGCUUGAACGUAUGAGGUUAUCGGACGAUCUGGAUGCUCUUACUCAGGAGACACCAAACAUCAUUGACCUUCAAGCACACAUCCGCGGAUGUCUUUAUCGCAAGGAGUGUGGCGAGUUGUUGGAUGAGCUUGCAGUCAAUACCGAGGAGAUCACCGAACUGCAAGCCCUUGCUCGGGCCAUGUUGCUUCGGAGCGAUGUUGCAAUGGUCUUGGAUGAACUGGAACAAAACGAGGAGUCUGUAGCGGCGUUCCAGGCUGCUGCCAAGGCUUUCGUGGUCAGAGCCAAGUACGAGGAGAAGAAGCGCUUCUUCCGGGAGAACAUGCAAAAGGUUGUCAAGAUUCAGAGUUUCGUACGAGCCAAGCUUCAGGGUGAAGCCUACAAGAGCUUGACAUCUGGAAAGAACCCACCAGUCAACGCCGUCAAGAACUUUGUCCAUCUUCUGAACGACAGCGAUUUUGACUUCAAUGAGGAGGUAGAGUUUGAGCGCCUACGAAAGACUGUUGUCCAACAAGUUCGGCAAAACGAGAUGCUGGAACAAUACAUCGACCAGCUAGACAUCAAGAUCGCACUUCUCGUCAAGAAUAAAAUUACCCUUGAUGAAGUUGUCAGACAUCAGCACAACUAUGGCGGACACGCAAACAGCCUUCUCGCCAACAGUGUUAUUUCAAAUGCUAAUCAGUUUGACCUCAAGGCUUUGAAUAAGAGUUCCCGCAAGAAGCUUGAGUCCUACCAGCAGCUGUUCUUCACCCUUCAGACGCAACCUCAGUACCUUGCUAAGCUCUUCAGGCGUAUCCGCGAGCAAGGAAUAACGGAAAAGGAGUUAAAGCGGAUUGAACACUUGAUGAUGGGGCUGUUCGGCUAUGCGCAAAAGCGGAGAGAGGAAUACUACUUAUUGAAGCUUAUUUCCAGGUCGAUAAGGGAAGAAGUCGAAGCAUGUGCCGCUCUGCAGGAUUAUCUGAGGGGCAACUACUUCUGGACCAAGCUGCUCCAGAAUUACACCCGAUCCCCUCGUGAUAGGAAAUAUCUCAGAGAUCUCUUGGGACCCCUCAUCAGAGACAACAUUAUCGAGGAUCCAGCGCUGGAUCUUGAAAGCGACCCCAUGCAGAUCUACCGGUCUGCUAUCAACAAUGAGGAGUUGAGGACCGGUCGGCCCAGCCAAAGACCUCUGGAUGUCCCUCGUGAGGUUGCCAUCAAGGAUCCUGAAACCAGAGAGCUCUUCAUUGAUCAUCUGCGGGAUCUCCGAGAGAUCUGCGAUCAGUUUCUCCUUGCCCUGGAGGACCUGCUUCCCCGCAUGCCCUACGGCCUGAGAUUUGUGUGCCGGCAAACGUACGAAGCUCUCUGCCAGCAUUUCCAGAGGGACCACCCGCAAAAUGUGCUCCAGUUUGUAAGCAACUGGCUCUGGCGCUUCUACCUCCAACCUGCUCUCCUUGGCCCAGAGUCAUAUGGAGUCACGGAAAAGCAAAUGAGUCCCCUCCAGAAGCGUAACCUCGGCGAGGUUGCAAAAGUCCUGGGCCAGAUUGCAUCAGGCAGACCAUUUGGCGGAGAGAACAUCUAUCUCCAGCCUCUCAAUGCUUUCGUCGCCGAAGCAAUCGAGCGCUUGGCUCACAUCACCAAUUCCCUUAUCGAUGUACCUGACGCUGAGAAGACAUUCGACAUUGACGAGUUCAACGAUCUCUACGCCAAGAACAAGCCAACACUGUACAUCAAGAUGGCGGAUAUCUUUUCCAUCCACAAUCUCAUCGCUGCCGAGUUGCCUUAUCUGUGCCCGAGCAGAGAUGAUAUGCUGCGCGAGAUCAUUCAAGAUCUCGGUAACGCCAAGAAUAAUGAGAAUGAGAUGACCGCAGGCGGGGCCGCUGAUAUUCAGCUGUUCCUGACUCCCAAACUGCACGAUAUGGAGGAUCCAGAAGCUGAGACUAAGGGGCUGUUUAUGGAGACCAAGAGGUGCAUUCUGUACAUCAUCCGGGUGCAAACGGGUAACAACCUGCUUGAGAUUCUUGUCAAGCCAAUUACCCCGGAGGAUGAGCAGAAGUGGAGGACAGUUCUGCGCGAAGACUUUGGUGACGACUCGAACACCCGAGGCGCUUAUUCGGAGGCGAACAUGAUUGAUGUUACGCGCAUGAGUUACUACGACCUAAAGAGGACAGCACUCGAGAACAUCCUCAGGUUGGAGCAGAUGGGUCGUAUCUCCAAGCAAAACUACUACCAGGAUAUCCUCAACGCCAUUGCGCUGGACAUUCGCACAAAGAGCAGGAGAAGGGUUCAGAGACAGAGAGAGCUCGAGGGUGUCCGUCAGACACUCGGCAAUCUUCACGAGAAGGCAAAGUAUCUGGAGCAACAGCGCAAGAGCUACGAUGAUUACAUCGAGCAAGCCAUGGCUACGCUGCAGAACAAGAAGGGCAAGAAACGUUUCCUUCUCCCCUUCACCAAGCAAUACAACCACCAGCGCGAGCUCGAGCGCUCCGGCCGCGUCCCCAAGUUCGGCUCCUUCAAGUACUCGGCCCGCGCCCUCUCGGACAAGGGCGUGCUGGUCUCGUGGACGGGCAUCCCCGAGCGCGACUGGGGUCAAAUCAACAUCACCAUCUCGUGCGACGAGGUCGGCAUUUUUAGUCUUGAGGGCAGCCGCGGCCACAUCCAGAUGCCCGGUGCCAGCGCCCUGGUGCCCAUCGAGGACUUGCUACAGGCGCAAUUUGAGGCGCAUCAGUUUAUGAAUUUGUUUGAGGGGCAGCUGAGGCUGAACGUGAAUUUGUUGUUGCAUUUGUUGUACAAGAAGUUCUAUCGGACUCAGUAAGUGAGUAGGGUGCGGGAAAGGGGAGGGGAGGGGGUUAUUAGAAGAAGUAAGUGAGAGUCGAAGUGUAGAGAGUAUCAUGGAAGAUUUGGGAGGAGGAGGAGGAGGGGAACUUUUUACGUCAGGGGAGGGAAGAGAGAGCACAGGAUGGCAUUGGAUGGCAUGCAUUGAUAUCUCUCUCAGCCGGCUGGCUGGCUGGCUUGGGUUACUUACUUACUCUCUACACAGUCUAUCGCUUUGCAUUUGAAUGCAUGGACGGAUGGACGGACAAACGGUGUCUUAUGAGGAUUACCAGUGUUGAUGUUUGUCUUUGUUAUUCGGUUUGGAGAAGGUUGUGAGAUUUUUUUUAUUUUUACCUUUUUGAUUGAUACCACCAAAGAACUUUAUUGGGUUUUCUUUUCAUUGUAGCCUAGGUUAUAUCACUCUUCCUUUCUUUUCUUUCCCUCAUUCAUACUUAUUUGUUGAAACCGAGUUGUUGUGAUACUCAAGCUAAGAAGAUCCAAAGUAAAGGCUGCAUCGC